AUGGCAUCGGUCAUCGAAAGCGAGGAAGAGUUGGCAUGUUUGCAUAGAGAAGUAGACGAAGAGCUGGAUCAGAUCGAAAGCACUAUUGUUUGGUUACUGUCGCAGAACUAUCUGAAGUCUACAAUUAAUAGUAUUGUAGCAGUCGGCGAUGUGGCAAUUCUGAAAACGAUGAACGAAAACGACACGUCAAUUUCGAAGAGCAACUCGUUUGUGGCAACCGCUUCGUCCUUAUGGAAGAUGAAUAAUUCGGAAAAUAUUAUCAACAAGAGAGAGCAAAUAGCAAACAACGGGAAAGAACUGGAGAAAUUGUUUGCACAAAUGCAAUCAGGAGAACUCGAGGGUGCAUUGGAAGAAUUUCGUGAAAGAAUUCGUGAAAUGCGGUCUAAAAAGCAUUCCAUGCAAUCCGAAUUGAAUGGUAAACAGCAGAACGUCAAUGAGGAGGAACUGUCGAUCACAGGAUUUAUUGAUAUGCUGAAAGAGAUAAAACGAGACACUGACACUACUAUUCAAUGUUAUCAACAAGAACUUCAAAAAGAGGAAAGUAUGUUUAGUGAUGUAGUAACAUAUGACUGUCCUUUGUUUGCUGAUGGAUGUGAGUAG